UUGAGUUCUGAGAGGAAAGGAAUCAGACAAAGGUCAUUUACAGCUCACCUGCUGAAGGACGAACUCAACAACCGUGUGUUAGUGCUGAUCAACCCAUUCAGUGGGCAAAAACGAGCCGAAAAACUAUGGAUGGAUCAUGGAGCAAAAGUGUUACGAGCUGCCGGAAUUCGGUCUGACAUCAUUCUUACGGAAUAUCCUCGACAUGCCACGAAAAUCAUGCUCGAUUUGGACAUCGAUCAGUAUGACGCUGUUUUAGUAAUGAGCGGAGAUGGACUUAUGACUGAGGUUAUCUGGGGACUUCUCAUGAGAAAAGAUCGUGAUCGAGCACUGAAGUUUCCUCUCUGUCACGUUCCAGGCGGAACCAGCAAUGCUCUAGCAGCUGCGAUUUGCUACGCCUGCAAUGAGCCGUUUUCUCCCCGAAACCUCUUCAUCCUUGAAUGCUGUCUCAUGGUAACUCGUCCUCACUACAUCCCCCUUAGGCUGUAUGUUGUCGAAACCCAACACGAUGGCAUGAGGUCGAUGUUUAUGAGCGCGAACUGGGGCCUCAUCGCUGACAUCGGUAAGUCGCGCUCCGAGUGA